CGCCAACAUUCAUAUUUCAUUCUAGCUUUAGCCGGUAGCGCGAGAACACAUUUCAUUUCCUCUCGUUUUACUCAAUAAAUAUUAAUUAAAAAACAUGGACUUCGUUGGCAAGAAAUACAAGAUGGUCUCCUCGGAGAACUUCGACGAGUUCAUGAAGGCAAUCGGUGUCGGCCUCAUCACCCGUAAAACAGCCAACGCUGUGACCCCAUCAGUGGAGCUGAAACAAGAAGGGGACACGUAUACCCUGGUGACGUCAUCCACCUUCAAGACCACGGAGAUCAAGUUCAAGCCCGGUGAAGAGUUCGAUGAAGAGCGCGCGGAUGGUGCCAAGGUGAAAUCCGUGUGCACUAUUGACGCCAACACCCUCAAGCAGACGCAGACGGCUGCCGACGGUAUCGUUGUCAACUACGUCAGGGAGUUCGGACCCGAAGAGCUUAAGGCUACCAUGACUGCAAACGGCGUCACCUGCACUAGAGUAUACAAAGUACUAUAAGCUAAGCAUCAUGAGACUGCUGGGCUGAGCCCACUACUAUGUCCUAUUAUUUCAUAUGAUAUACCCAAUAAACACAACUAUUUUCAUAAAUUAGGUUUACUUCAAAAGCGCACACGCGAUUUUGGACUGUAUGCGAAACAUCUUAGGGUUUGAUUUGCGAGGUUCUCGUAUUACCAAAGUUAGUGUAUGAAUGGGAAAUGCUAAACGUUACAUCUGUUGUAUAAGUUUUUAGUGCAUAUUUAAAUAAAGUUCUUUUUUACUUUA